AUGUCUUCUCGUGAUUCCAACCGCGGUCGUGGAGAUGCACGAGGCGGACGACGUGACUCUGUGACUGGCUCCCGACCCUCGACCCCUACCCGAGAAGGUUCACGCCCUAUCACACCCACCGGCGCUGGUGAAGCUCCUCCACGAUCUCGCAGUCCCCAGAGAUCCCGGAGUCCCGAAAGAAGCGGACGAGGCGGAAGUGCGAGAGGACAAUCGUCAGGCCCUCCUCGAGGUGGCCCUCAACAGCGUGGCGGCCCUCAGCAGCGUGGUGGCUCUCAUCAGCCGCGUGGUGGCUCUGCAGGUUCUCUUCAGGAAUACCACAGUGCCCCGACUGUCAAAGCGGACAGACAGGUAAUGUUCACUACUUCACUUCCCGACAAGCAGGUGGCGGACUUCGAGAAAAAGUCCUUGGAAUCCAAGAAAAACAUCAAGCAAAAGCCCCAGCGAGACUUUCGGGAUAGCAAGACCCGGUCAGAGAAACCACUGGUUCACUUUGAAUUGAGCCGCCGUCCCGGUUAUGGCACCAAAGGGAAACCAGCCAACGUCCGGGCAAACUUUUUCUCCAUGAGCUUCAAGCCGGAUGCCAAGUUCUACGCGUACACUGUGAAGAUCGUUCCAGAGCCGAAACAGAAGCGUCACAUCCGACAGAUCUUCGCGCAACUCGUGCUGCAAUGUGAUCACAUAAAAGGCUGCCUGCCUGCGACAGACGAGGCUCAGUGGAUUGUGACUUGCAAGCCGCUUCCUUUCGAAGAGACAUUCGCCAGAUGUGACCCUGACGAGGACAAGAAGUGGGGUAACACUUACACUGUUAUGUUCUCUCUGCAAGACGAGACCCCCAUUCCCUUGAAGGGGUUGCUCGACGGACUUGCGAACCCCGACAUCCAUGAAAAAGUCUCAGACGAGGACUACGUGGUUCAGCUCCUGAACAUUUUCAUGACGAGCGCUGCUUAUGGCGACCCGGGUGUGACAAACGUUGGCAAAGGUCGACUCAAAUUUUUCUACACUGAUCACCGUCAAGAAAGCAUGAACCUCACCGGAGGACUUGAAGUUCUCCGUGGCAUCAUUUCAAGUGUUCGCCCUGCUGGAAAACAAAUUUUGCUGAACCUCAAUGUCAGCAAUAGUGCGUUUUAUCAGCCUAUGAACUUGGGCAACUACAUUGAUGAGGUUCUUCGAGGAAACUUCAAUGACCGCGAAAUCCUGAAUCGCUACCUACGCACCGUCAAGAUUGAACUCAGACAUUUGCCCAAGAUCUUCGACGAUCAAUUCAACCGGAUUUACCGCACGGGUUCUGUUUGGGGAGUAGCCAGCAAGGAGGAUGAGACGAGGCACAAGUCCUUCAAGGUGAGGUUCUGGUACAUCAAGGAAGGACAAUCUGAGGGCCGGUGGGUGACCGUCACAGAGUUUUACAAAGAAAAAUACAAGAUCGUGCUGAAGGACAGGAAUAGACCGGUGGUCAAUAUUGGCAACUUCGAGAAGGCCACCUACAUUCCUGCCGAACUCGCCUGGAUCAAGCAAGGACAUGUCUUCAACGGCGAGCUGACUACUGCGCAACGACAGAAUAUCAUCAAGUUCAGCUGUCGACAACCACCGGACAACUUUGAGACCAUCAGAACUCUCGGCCGUGUUAUUAUGGGAAUGAACGAUAACCACUUCCGCGACAGACAAAUCAAAUUCUCCGAUGAGAUGCUUGUCGUUCCUGCAAGAGUACUCGAUGCUCCAUCGCUGAAGUAUGGAACUCGUACGGAAAAGCCUCAGAGAGGUUCCUGGAAUCUUGUGGGGAAGCAGUUUUCUGCAGGUGCCACUAUCGAGACCUGGGCUGUAUUGUGGAUUAAGACCGUUGGCACCAGAACUCCACCCGAUCAGGUCCAGAACGCCGUGGAAUCCUUCCGGAAAAAGAUGGCCGAAAUGGGCAUGCGAGUUUCACAGCGCCCCAGUCUCGAGUCCGUUGAUCUCAAGGGUCCCAUGAAAGAGCAGUGCGAAGCACUCCAGGGAGUACUCAGGAAGUUGGCGGAGAAGAAGCCUCACCUCCUGUUGGUUGUGCUUCCCACAGGGCAAGACCGGAUUUUCCGGUUCGUCAAAUGGGCCACUGAUUGCAAACUGGGCAUUCCGAAUCACUGUGUCCUCGUCGAGAAGUUUUCGAAGGGCAACCCUCAGUACAUGGCAAACAAUGCGUUGAAGGUUAACCAGAAGUUAGGUGGUGUCAACCACACCCUUGACACUCCGUCCUCUGGACUCCUGGCGCAGGGGAAAACUAUGGUCGUUGGAAUUGAUGCUACCCAUCCUUCUGCUACUGACUGUGAAGGCUUCCCGACAGUUGCUGCCAUUGUUGCUAGCUCCGACGCUCGACUUGGCCAAUGGGCAGGAGAAUCCCGCAUUCAGACUUCCAAGAAGGAGAUUCUCGAGAACCUAGAGGAGAUGAUCCUCAAUCGUCUUCGGCGCUGGCAAACUGUCAAUAAAGCACUCCCUACAAGCAUCCUCGUCUACCGUGAUGGUGUGAGUGAAGGCCAAUACCAAGAAGUGAUCGGCGAAGAGAUGAGAGCGCUUCGCUCCGCCAUCAAGAAACUCUACCAGGGCUCCUCGCCGAAAAUCACCUUCAUCGUGGUUACCAAGCGUCAUCAUGUCCGCUUCUACCCCACCAACCCCGACGGCUGUGAUGACAAGAACAACUGCAAGAAUGGCACCAUUAUUGAUCGAGGCAUAACGCGUCCCUGGUACUACGACUUUUAUCUCCAGGCACAGGCUCCUCUCCAAGGUUCGGCGCGCCCUGCUCAUUACAUUGUACUUCACGACGAGAUCUUCUCUCAGAAUCCGAAAACUGCGGCCGAUGAUCUACAGCAGCUCACCCACAACAUCUGCUACAUGAUGGCUCGCUGCACCCGCUCUGUCAGCUACGGAACCCCGGCUUUCCUCGCUGAUCGUUACUGUGACCGUGCUCGAAAGCACGUUGUUGCUUGCUACGAAUGGAAGGAGGCGCAAAACCCCACCACUAAACGAGUUAACCUCCGACCUUCCCAGCCCGAAGUUGCGAUUCACCCUCGUCUUCUAGAGACUAUGGUUUACAUUUGA